AUGCCUACCCUUGAUGUCAGCGAGCUCAACAUUGUGCUCUCGGUCCUAGGAGCAUUCACGCUGCUCUACGGUUUCAUUUCUUCAAAGAUCAAGAAUGUCUGGUAUCUCGGAGAAGCACUGCCUGCAGUCGUUUUUGGGAUAGUUUUAGGCCCAAUCGCAUCAAAAUUUAUCGACGCGGAGAGGUGGGGCGUUGCAGCCCCCGGUCAACAAAAUGCCAUCACACUGGGACUUACCCGCGUUGUCAUCGGGGUUCAGUUGGUCAUUGCUGGAUACCAACUGCCCGCAAAGUAUCUACAGACUCGCUGGAAGGAGAUGUUGAUCUGUCUGCUGCCCAUAAUGACCAUCAUGUGGUUAUGCACCACGGGCUGCAUUCUUUUGACUAUCCCAAAGCUCACUCUACUCACCGCACUUGUCAUUGGAUCUUGCGUGACUUGCACGGACCCUAUUCUCUCGCAAGCUAUCGCGAAAGGACCUUUUGCCGACAAAUUCGUUGCUCGAGAUCUCCGUGAGAUCAUUUCUUCUGAGGCUGGAGCAAACGAUGGGUUUGGGUUUCCAUUUCUCAUGCUGGCGACUUACCUUAUUCGCCACGCCAAUGUCCCUGGCGCCGGGGAUGGGAAUGCUCUUCAUGCAAGAUCCGGGGAAGUAGGCCGUCUCGGGGGAGGAGUUGGUAAAGCUAUUGAAAUGUGGUUUGUAGAGACCUGGCUUUACGUGGUGCUCAUGAGCAUCGCCUACGGUGCCGUUUGCGGAUAUGGGAGCUGUAAGCUCCUUAAACGGUGGAUUGAUAACGAGAGCUAUCUACUAUGGCCUUCUGCAUUGGGGCUCUUUAUCGUGGGCACAUGUGGUUCCCUCGGUACUGACGACCUCCUUGCGUGUUUCAUUGCAGGCAGCGCACUCAACUGGGAUGGUGGUUACCUCAAAGAAUCCGAAGCAAGGCAUGACGAAGUAAAUUCGUGUAUUGAUGUUUUGCUGAAUUUCGGCGGGUUCAUGUAUAUCGGGUCCAUACUUCCGUGGGACGAAUUUCACCAACCAGAUGUCACUGGAAUCACUUAUCCUCGUCUUAUUGCUUUAGGGUUCCUUGUGAUGGCCUUCCGCCGGCUUCCAGCUAUCCUUCUAGCUUACAAAUUCAUCCCGAAGGUUUGCAAAAGCUGGAAGGAAGCCCUGUUUAUGGGCUACUAUGGGCCAAUAGGAAUCGGGGCAGUAUUCUACUUGGAACAUGCACGACAUUUGUUCCCCGAGCUUGGUGAAGGCGACACUGAAGAGACGAAUCUUAUAAGAGCUCUUGCACCAACUGUCUACUGGCUUGUGCUCUUCUCAAUUAUCUUCCACGGCCUUUCCAUUCCCCUCCAUAAUCUCAUUAACAAAGCACUCGGGGUACCACCCAUCGUUGAUCCUUCCGGCCCUGCCGAGUUACGGCCGUUGUCGUUGAACAUGCAACUGCCCAAGAACAGCGCGGUCAGCAACAAACGCCAAUCUAUCAUGGCAUACAAUCGUUUCUCGCGAACCAAUUAUCCAAGCAACACUGGAUGGGAUCUUCCGACAACUCAAGGCGUGGACUACGAAGCUGCAUAUGCUCGGCAAAAUCGACCACAAACAUUGCGCUACGACGACGAUAUCAAGGUGUAAAAUAGAACGUAAACAGCACAGCCAACGAAUGGUACUCGGGAUUUGACUUUUUCGUGCCCCAAUUUUGCGAGCUGUGUUGUGCCUGGUAAUUCGCAACGUUUCUAUCUGAUUUACGAGGCGAUAUCCUGCCCUUUUAGAUACGCAAUGAUGGUGCUGCAUAUCUGUACUUAUGUACUUAAGCUUUCCAUACGCAAAACCUACCCGUAUCUAUCUGCUAUCUGAAAUUUUCUUUUUCUAACGGCCUGAGAGCUAAUGCGCCCAAAAUUAGCACAGGCAAAGAAUUAGCAUGUAGUCACUAUAUAUGUUUUAAUAUAUAACCAAAUUGUCAAG